AUGCAGCAUCGGCUGGCGAGACAGACCCGUCGUGCCAAUCUACUCGUUCCAGUGGAUGAUAGGCGCCAGAAUGGACACGAAGAAUGGGGACUGCCUAAGUACGACGGCUCGUAUGGCGGUCUCCAAAUCGCAUGGCGCAGACGACCAACUCCCGAGCAAGCAAAACUGAUCGAAGCUGGUACUUUCAGCACAAGCAGUGUGAAUGAGGAACAGCAGCUACCUGGCAUGAGUUACAACGAGGAGCUCGAUGCCGAAGUUGUACAAUACGUCUGCCGCCGUGGGACUUAUUCUGUACAAGUCAUCAACAGAGCUAUGGUAAAGAUUGCGGGAAUCCAAGGCAUCUCUCUCAUGAGCAGCUGGAAGCAGAUUUUACCCGAAUACCGGGCAGUAUUUUACGGUGAGAACACUUUCGUUUUUGAUACUCGAGGUCAGGAUCCCUACACUCAUCACCGAGGUGUCCACGCGUCUGAUGCAUUCAAGAGAUACUCUCACCAAUGUCCGGGCUUGCCUCUAGCAGAUGGUACUGUCAGCCAUCGCAACACCGAGCGAUCUAUUACCCACAUGUUCGACAAGGAUGCUCGCCAUCAAUCGUUCAUAUCCCGAGAUCCACUCAAAAAGUUCUUCAGAGAGACCAGUCAAGAGAACGCAUCCGCUAUUAGCAAAGUCAUCAUUAAAGGUUAUUUCAGACCCGUAGAAGAGAACGAGCGAUCCAAAUACAAGCGUCCUCUUGGGUUUGGACGCAUCCUUCCAAUGCAUGCCACGAUUUUGAAAAAGUCUGUCCCAACCUUCGAAAGCUCACUCUGCACCAAGGUUACAACAUUUCCUUCUGGGACGACGACCCCGACGGCACCAUGGGACUUACAGAUGAAGACCGCGUUGACCAAAUUGUCGGAAAAGUCGUUGAUUUGCUUCCGAGCUUGCAAGAUUUGCAGUUGGGAUACUAUCAUUUUGUACCCAAUGGUGAAUCAGUUGUUGAGGAGUGGGGACCAUCGCUCCGCUGGGAGGAAAUUGUUCGGACUCGUCAUCGUCAGCGGGCGGAUCGAUCAGGUGCGGAGGAGAGAAGAGCAAAAGAGGGCCGUGGACAUGAAGGAAGGGAGAUGA